AUGGAACAGGUUCAAUGCUUCGGUAGGAAGAAGAACGCAGUUGCGGUGACCCACUGCAAGAGAGGCCGUGGUCUCAUCAAGAUCAAUGGUUCUCCGAUCGAACUCGUCGAGCCUGAGAUUCUUCGUUUCAAGGCGUACGAGCCAAUUCUCCUUCUCGGAAGGCACCGUUUCUCCGGCGUUGAUAUGAGGAUCAGAGUGAAGGGAGGAGGUCAUAUUUCUCAGAUCUAUGCUAUUAGGCAGAGUAUCGCGAAGGCGUUGGUGGCGUUCUAUCAGAAGUACGUUGAUGAACAGAGUAAGAAGGAGAUCAAGGAUAUUCUUGUUCGAUAUGAUCGUACUCUUCUUGUUGCUGAUCCUAGACGCUGUGAGCCGAAGAAGUUUGGUGGACGUGGUGCUCGUGCUAGGUUCCAGAAAUCAUACCGUUAG